ACUAUUAACUACAGAAGGCGACAGUCGACACCCGUUAAACUUAGACUAACAUUUAUAACAAAAUCUAAUCAAAUUUUUUAUGAUUUUACCCAUAAUUUAUUAAUAACCAGAAUGGGUUCUCGACAAAUCACAGAAAAAUCCUUAGCAAUGCUAAGGUCGCUACCUAGGAUAUCUCUAGGAAAUCUUCGAGAUAAUCCAGGAUACAAAAAGAAUCCUAAACGAGGUCGUGGUCAACAUGGAGGAGAUAAACAUGGUGCUGGAAAUAAAGGAUCUGGCCAAAGAAUGAACUACAUGAGGUUGGGUUAUGAAACCGGGAAUAAUCCAUUUUAUUUGCGAAUGCCACAGGAACACUAUUAUAGAGGACAUCAUUUUCGCCGACAGUAUCCACCAUUGUCAUUACAGGAAGUCCAACUUUUAAUUGAUAAAAAUCGUUUGGAUAUUUCAAAGCCUAUUGAUAUUGCAUCCAUAGUUAAAUCAGGUUUAUAUAAUUUUUUUCCUGAUCAAAAGCAUUUUGGUGUAAAUUUAACUGAUGAAGGAGUUGACAAUUUUGCUGCAAAAAUUAAUAUUGAAGUCCAAUGGGCGAGUGAACAAGUUAUUGCUGCUAUCGAAAGAAAUGGUGGUGUUAUAACAACUGCUUACUAUGAUCCACACAGCCUCUUUCUACUAAAGGAUCCAAAGCAAUUUUUUGAAAAUGGACAGUCAAUACCUAGGAGAAUGAUUCCCCCACCAGAUGCAAUAGAGUAUUAUACAAGUGCAAAAAACAGAGGAUAUUUGGCUGACCCUCAAGCCAUAUCACAAGACAGGCUGAGGUUAGCCCAAAAAUAUGGAUAUGAAUUACCAAAGUUGGAAAAUGAUCCUAGUUAUGAAAUGUUGUGUGAAAGGAAAGACCCAAGACAAAUAUUCUAUGGCUUAGACCCAGGCUGGGUAAUCAACCUGAAAGACCAAUGCAUCCUUAAACCUAAAGAUGAAGAAUUGCUCAGAUUUUUUGCUUCAUAAUUUUAACAUGGUCUUGUUAAUCAUUGAAGAUGGUCCUUGUAUUUUACGAAAAUUAAUUUACUUAAGGAGAAGACAUUAUGAUAGAAUUCAUAAAAAAAUAUGAAUUAAAAGUAGUUUCUUUUGUCUUA